AUGGCAGAGGGCCUAGUCCCUCAGCAGCAACUGGUUUCGUUGCGAAAACGACCUCGUCAUUGCGACCACAGCAAGGAAGUUGACGAUAUCGUAGUUGAGAUACUGUCAAGGCUUCCGGUCAAAUCCUUGUUACGAUUCCGAAGUGUAUGCAAGUCAUGGCGUGCUUUAAUCUCAGAUUCUUAUUUUGUUAAGAAGCACCUCGGCCAUGCAUUCACAGACACAUCCAACAGCUUCAGGCUUGUAUUCUUGAAUGCUCGUCCCAGAACCGUAGAUCUCCAAGGAUUGGAGGUUCAUGAUCAUAUUCGUCAGCAAGAUUCUUUUGCAGAGGAUAUACUUGGCCGGUCUAGGAUUCUUGGUUCUUGCAAUGGCUUAAUAUGUUUGCAAGAGAUGAUGUUUGAUGGUAUAUACCGUGAUGAUAUUUUCAUAUGGCACCCUAGUACUAGAGCGACCAAGAAAGUUCCAAAACAUAAGUUUACCAAGGGUUCAAGAAGGUUUUAUGGAUUCGGUUAUGAUGCCAACACUGAAGAUUACAAGCUUAUAGUGGGAGAUAGCAAUCACGUAGCUGAAGAAACCAAAUUUGGUAUAUUUACACUGAAAACAGGUUCAUGGAGGACUGUUGAAGACUUCCAGUUUGUUAAUUUGGAUGGACAAGGGUGA